AUGAAUCGGCCCAGCGAUUGGGAUGAUCCCCAAGGACCCUGCAGAUACUGCGAAAUGGCGGUGGAGGAUGACAACUACCUGGAGUGCCAGCAGUGCCGCCGAAUGGUGCACAUCAAGUGCCUGCCACAUGCGAGCACGCCCGGGGAUCUUUUAGGCGACAUUUUCUUUGAGUUCACGUGCGUCAAGUGCGUGCUGGACAAGGCGCAAGGAUCGGCGGUGCCCACGUCCCUGGAGCCCAUCAAGGAAGUGAUACUGCGCCAAAGGAUUCCCUGGCUACUGGUGCUCACGCUAACGCUAUACAAUCUGUCCAUCAAACAGAAGGGCUUGGGCCACCACGGUUUCUUCCACUGGCGCACCCACAUCAUCAGCUUUGUGGACAAGAACUGGAACUUCAUAUUCGGACCCAAUGUUCGCCGCCGGAAGCAAUGGACGGGUUCUGUAUCUGGAGCCCUGUCCCACAACAGUCCGGAGUACUUUCAGUCGGGCCUGGAUGUAUUUCAGGAACACGGCUGGUGGAAACUGGCCAAGCCCUUCUUAACGCCAAGAAGUGUCCUCAGGGAAUAUGAGAAAAAGCAACUGCAGCGGCAGCAAUUACGGAUUGAAAAGCGUUUGCCCGCCGCCGAUGAGACCAGCUGCAGCAGCGAGAUCUCGGUGACCGAUCAUAGCCAGGACACUCAGCUUAUAAAAGUUGAACCCGAAACAAACAGCUCAGCAGAAGGCUGUGCCCGUACCAUUCCCUAUAUGGGUUGCCAGCCCAAGGUGCAGGCACCACCUGUAGCCGCGCCACAGGAACCACUUCCGACGCCAUUAGUUCCCCAAGAAAAUACAGUCCCACCCCCUGAGGAACCCCAGCAUCAACCAUUGAGCAUGGUUCAAGCUAGUCUGAUGGAUUUCCUGGCUGAGAGUUUGGGAGGCGAUGAUUUCAGCAUGUUUGGUAGCCUACCAGGCAUAAUGCCUCCUCCCCUGAUUGGCGCGGGUAAAAGCGAUUUUUUCAUGACCGAACCUCUGCUGCAGGCGCCUUCGAAUAGUGAAGGUCUAUACGAUAUGGAUACUAGUUUUGGUUUACCAAGUAGCACCAAGGAAGUCAGGGGAACGAAACACAUCAAAGAAGAGGUCCAAGAGGAGUCGAAAACCAAUUCAACAGAGGAGGCUUGCACCGAAAGCAGUGAGGAGCCAAAAGAUGGCGAGGAAGAGGAUGACAAAACGGAAGAAGAGGACGCACAACAGCCACGCAUUGUGCAGGUCACAAAUUACCAGGUGCAAGAGGCAAGUGAAGCGGUUAAAGAGGAGCCAAUGGAAGAGGAAAUGCAAGAUGAAGACGAUACGCUACAGGCUGAAACGCCGUUUAUAGAGCAGUGCAAACCAAGUGGAUUUGUGAGACAGCCCCGGAGAAACUGGCCUUGGCUGCAGGAGGCGCAGGAUUCCGAUGACCUGGCCAUACCCAGCGAAAAUCUUCAAUUGAUGAGCGUGUACGAGGAGCAGAAGUUGUAUCAACGCCUGCAUGGAAUUAUCUCCUUAGAGCGGCAAUGCCAAAUAACCAUACCCGCCUAUGUGCGGCGUCUGUAUCGAAAGCUGUCCUUGCGGAAAUGGAAAAGGGACCACAAUCGCCCCAUAUUUAACCUCGAUGAGCAUAUAGAUCCCUUGGGCAGAGCGCGCCUAAAAAUGCUGGGUCAUCAGCAGGCUCAAAUACUGGAUAGAUAUCAACUUUUGGCCCAUUCGCGGCAGGAUGCAAGGAGUUCCUUCCACGCUCGUCUCGCAGGAUGCACUCAAUACGAGCUCUUUCAGUCGCCCUACUCGCAGCGAGUUCUCCACCCCUUCAUCUUCCGCAGCGAAACGAUGGCUCCGCCCUGGCUAAAACUCAUGUGCGAGCUGCAGCACCGAGUGAACGGAUCGCAUCCCACGAGAUCCACUGUUGACUUUUGCUUUGUGAGACCACAGCAUAUUCCAGCGGUGAAUGCAUUGCUGCAGAGCUCCUUUUGGCCGAAUAUUGAUGUGAGCGAGUGCCUCAGCUAUCCGGACUACAGUGUAGUGGCUUUGUAUAAGAAACUGGUAGUCGGCUGUGGAUUUCUGGUGCCCGAUGUGGGCUACAAUGAGGCCUACAUCUCGUUCAUGGCCGUGCGUCCCAGUUGGCAACGGAGUGGCAUCGCCAGCUUUAUGCUGUACCAUCUCAUCCAGACGUGCAGCUCCAAGGACAUAACGUUGCAUGUUUCCGCCACCAAUUCCGCAGUGAUGUUGUACCAAAAGUUCGGUUUCAAGAUGGAGGAAAUCAUUCUUGACUUCUACGACAAGUACAUGCCGCUGGACUCGAAGCAGAGCAGAAAUGCGUUCUUUUUGAGAUUACAGAGAUGAGAGCUGUGUAA